GCCGCGAAAGAUGCGUCCUCGCGGCUCUCUCGGAUGGAGCGCCGCCUGCCUCGGUUCCUCCUUCGCUAUCUCUCUCCCCUGCGCGCAGCACCCUUGAGCCAUGUCACGGCAUUCCUUGUUUUACACGAGCUGACUGCGAUAAUUCCACUCUUUGGUCUGGCCGCAGGAUUCCACUAUUACAAUUGGCUUCCACCAUACAUCAGCGAAGGCAAAUGGGUUAGCGAAGGUGUUGUCAUGUUCGGGAAUUGGAUGCGCAAGCGUGGUUGGAUUGGCGACGAUGGACAAGGAGGUGCAGCAGGGGCAUGGUGGGGGCGUGGUGAAUCGGGCGUACGGAUUGUGGUCGAAUUAGCCACAGCCUAUGCCAUCACUAAGGCUUUCUUGCCCUUGAGAUUGUUGCUCAGCGUCAGCUUGACUCCGUGGUUUGCGAGGUGGACAGUGCUUCCUAUCAUGGCGCGCGUGAAGGGCAUGUUUGGGAAGAGACUGCCGAAUGGCACCAGCGCCGCUGCCGCAUCCAAGCCGGGGACUACUACCGUGGCAUCUCCAAAGAACGGG